CUCCCGCUCGCGCUCCCCCGGGGCAGGCUGGCCCGCACGCCUCCCACCCCCUCGCUCUGACUCCAGCUCGUGCGCACUGUCUGCUACGCACCCUCACGACUCAGCGCCCCUCCCGCUCCGCACCCCCCGCCGUUUCUUUCCCUCCGCCGCCCCCUCAUCCAUCCCUAUUAGGCUCCCCCUCCUUGACAAUCACGCUGCGCUCGGCUCUUCGCCGUCUCCUGGCUGGGAGCGAGGAGGGUCGGGAGCGCUUCACCGUUAACCUCCGCCAGCUCUUGGACCCCGGCACCCGUCUCGGGCUGCCACGUACCGUCGGCCGCGCGGCGCCCCCUCCCGCCCCCCGGCGCGCGCUCACGGCUGAGCCCACGGCAGCUCGCGGACACUUGGCACUCGGCGGAGACCUGCUCCGGGCUCGCAGCGCCAAUGGCAUCUCCCGGCUCCGGCUUUUGGUCCUUCGGCUCUGAAGAUGGCUCUGGGGUUCCCGAAAACCCCGGCACAGCGAGAGCCUGGUGUCAGGUGGCGCAGAAGUUCACGGGCGGCAUCGGGAACAAGCUCUGCGCCCUGAUCUACGGAGACGCCGAGAAGCCGGCGGAGAGCGGCGGGAGCGAGCCCCCGAGGGCCACCUCGCGGAAGACCGCCUGCACCUGCGACCAGAAGCCCUGCAGCUGCCCCAAAGCCGAUGUCAACUACGCGUUUUUGCACGCAACAGACCUGCUGCCAGCCUGUGAUGGAGAAAGGCCCACUUUGGCAUUUCUGCAAGAUGUGAUGGACAUUUUGCUUCAGUAUGUGGUGAAAAGUUUCGAUAGAUCAACCAAAGUGAUUGAUUUCCAUUACCCUAAUGAGCUUCUUCAAGAGUAUAAUUGGGAAUUGGCAGACCAACCACAAAAUUUGGAGGAAAUUUUGAUGCAUUGCCAAACAACUUUAAAAUAUGCAAUUAAAACAGGGCAUCCCAGAUAUUUCAAUCAACUCUCCACUGGCUUGGAUAUGGUUGGUUUAGCAGCAGACUGGCUGACAUCCACAGCAAAUACUAACAUGUUCACCUAUGAAAUUGCUCCAGUAUUUGUGCUUUUGGAAUAUGUCACGCUAAAGAAAAUGAGAGAAAUCAUUGGCUGGCCAGGGGGCUCUGGCGAUGGGAUAUUUUCUCCUGGUGGCGCCAUAUCUAACAUGUACGCCAUGCUCAUCGCUCGCUUUAAGAUGUUCCCAGAAGUCAAGGAGAAAGGAAUGGCUGCAGUUCCCCGGCUCAUUGCCUUCACAUCCGAGCAUAGCCACUUCUCUCUCAAGAAGGGAGCUGCAGCCUUGGGAAUUGGAACCGACAGCGUGAUUCUGAUUAAAUGUGAUGAGAGGGGAAAAAUGAUUCCAUCUGAUCUUGAAAGACGGAUCGUUGAAGUCAAACAAAAAGGAUUUGUUCCUUUCCUUGUGAGUGCAACAGCUGGUACCACCGUGUAUGGAGCGUUUGAUCCCCUCUUGGCUGUUGCUGACAUUUGCAAAAAGUAUAAGAUCUGGAUGCAUGUAGAUGCAGCAUGGGGCGGGGGUCUGCUAAUGUCCCGGAAACACAAGUGGAAACUGAGCGGCGUGGAGAGGGCCAAUUCUGUGACAUGGAAUCCGCACAAGAUGAUGGGGGUCCCGUUGCAGUGCUCUGCUCUCCUGGUCAGAGAAGAGGGACUGAUGCAGAGCUGCAACCAGAUGCAUGCCUCCUACCUCUUUCAGCAAGACAAACAUUAUGACCUGUCCUAUGACACUGGAGACAAAGCCUUACAGUGUGGACGCCACGUCGAUGUUUUUAAGUUAUGGCUAAUGUGGAGGGCAAAGGGAACUAUUGGAUUUGAAGCACAUAUUGAUAAGUGUUUGGAGCUGGCGGAGUAUUUGUACAAUAUCAUCAAAAAUCGAGAAGGCUAUGAGAUGGUGUUUGAUGGAAAGCCUCAGCAUACAAAUGUCUGUUUCUGGUAUGUGCCACCCAGUUUGCGGAUGAUGGAAGACAAUGAAGAACGAAUGAGCCGCCUCUCAAAGGUGGCUCCAGUGAUUAAAGCCAGAAUGAUGGAGUAUGGAACCACAAUGGUCAGCUAUCAGCCCCUGGCUGACAAGGUCAAUUUCUUCCGUAUGGUCAUCUCAAAUCCCGCAGCAACUCACCAAGACAUUGACUUCCUGAUUGAAGAAAUAGAACGCCUUGGACAAGAUUUAUAACUUCGUUCACUAAGUUGUUUCAAUUCUCUAGGUAGACAAUUAAGUUGUCACAAACUGUGUGAAUGUAUUUGUAGUUUGUUCCAAAGUAAAUCUAUUUCUAUAUUGUGGUGUCAAAGUAGAGUACAGUUUCAAAAUCAAGAAAACAUUGCUCCUUUUAAAAAUCCUUUCUUAAGUUUAGAAUACCUCUCUGAUAAUUAGUGACAAAAGGCUGUGUUUAAUCAAUAAGGAAAAGCUUAAAAUUGUUAUAAAUACUUCCUUUAAUUUAAUAUAGUGUGCAAAUCAAAUUUUAUUUUCCCUUUAGAGUUAUUAAGAUUGAGUAGUGCCAAAAUGCCCCUGAAUCAUCAUAGGUUCUUUGGGGUGCAGAGAAAAGGAUAAAGUAAACAUAAAAUGUAUGUUGAAAAUAAAAACUCUUGCCUUUUUCAUAGUAUUAGAAAAAAAUUUCUAAUUUACCUAUAGCAACAUUUCAAAUGUAUUUAAAUACAUAUAAUUUUACAAAAGGAAAUAUAUAUUAAAAUAAAUCCUAUUUUGUAACACAUAGAUUUUUAUUUUAUAUGGGUUAUACAAACUGCAGGGGCAGAUAUAAAAACUAAGUCAGAUUUUAUUUCUCUUUAUUUUAAUAGAGGCACAGUAAAGCACUUAGCAAAGUUAUUUUGAACUGUAGGCCCACACAAUUCUUCAAAGUUAGACUCCUUCUUUCUAGUCAUAUUAUAGCUUAUUAAAUUUAUAAGGUUAGUAUUGUAAGACAAAUAUGAAAGAAUACUGCAAAUUCUCUAAAAGGAUUGACCAGACUGAGAAUAAGAUUCUUUUCUCAUUUAAGUUCUCCAACCCAGUUGACCCUUAUUAGACCCUUCUAAUAAGCAUAACCAACCAAGUUUCAUUGUACAUGGAUGAAACUAGAAUAGAUGUCUUCAUUCUGCUAUUUAGUUCAGCCUCUUUUGAGCAGAAGGUUGAUGCAGUUUCUUGAGGCACUUUCCCAAACAGUAUUCUUUCAUUAGGUUGUUCAAAUUAAUUAGGUAAAAUAAAAUCUAAUCAGCCUGAGCAAAGAGGAAUAAGUACACUCUAGAAUGUGUCAAACCCAGAAAAUUAAAUUCCGCCUUGGGGGAAGAGCUCUCGGUGUGAAAUGAUGACAUCAUCCUGAUGCCAUAUUGCUACAACCCAGGAAGGAGUCAUUUACCUCCUGGGAAAUUUCUUAGCCAUAAAAAUCUCUCCUGUAAUCCACUCUCAGCCGCUAGGCUUCUCCAUCACUGCAAUCCCAAGCAAUUAAUUUCUAUGCCAUAGGUGGAUUUUUUUCCUCUCCUACUCAAGAAAAAUGAAAUGAGCUCUAACCUAAGAUAUUUGAGAUCUUUUUUCGGUUUCCAACCAAUAUCCAAAAAUUACCAGACAAGGCAGAGAUAUUAAGAUUCCUAGAAUUCAAAAUAAUAUUUAAAACUCACCUGUUUGCCCCUGAAAAUCUUAUGUGAAAAUAUGAAUGAAUGAGAGCGCCGAUAAUUAUGGAACCACAGAGUCAAAUUUCAUGUGUAGUGGAAUUAUGAACUCCUUUAUGUGCACUAUGAAUAUUAAUUUAGAAUCAUGUGCCCUUUCUAUAUUGCCCAAACAUAUCAAUAGAAAGAAAUAUAAAUAAGGCAGACAAUAUUCUGUUG